GAAGUGAGAGAACAUCGGCCAGCUGUGCGGUAGAUAGCGAGCGGUCCGCCGGCGUACUCGGUGCGUUCACUGUGUUUUCUUUUUGUCGGACUGGCAUGUCACUUCUCCAGCUUGCGCGCGAGCAGGUCGAACCUUGAGAGGUGCGCGACGCGGGGAUACACAACACGAUGUCGACGGGCAAACGACUGGCCAAGCGAUCUAUCCUCGGCACACGAGUGUGCGCGCCGACGCUGGACGGACUCCACAUGCCUGGCGUCAUCCAGGCGACCAAGACGGAUUCGGACGACGAGAACGUCUACACGGUGUCGUUCGCCGACAAGACGACUGCGGAGUACCGCGGGGACGAACUAAUCGGGCCGGGCUUCCAGACGGUGGCCGGCCUCACGCUCAAGGCAAGCCAGAAGGUUUACGUGACGUUCAACGGGCGGGAGGUGUCCGGGGUCGUGAUGGAGCACGACGUGCCGCGCGACGAGGUGCUCAUCUCGAUCCAGCCAUCCCAGCACAACCACCACAUCUCGCAAUCGGUCGAGCUGCGCAAACGGUUGGACGAGGUUCGUCUGCUCGAGAGCCGCAAGUCGGCGAGACUUCAAGACUUGGACACCGACUACUCGCGGCUCGCCGAGGGACAGGGAGAGCUACGACGACGUGCCGCGUCGCUCAGCAUCGACGUGCCGGCUUCCAUCAAGUGA